GAUCAAUACUUUGCCCGCCUCCAUUACGCUGCUGGCUAAACACGCAGGGAGUGUGUUCUGGGCCACGCAACUCAGGGCCGAAACACCCCCAACAUGGCCUCCGCACUGAUCGUCGCACUUUUCGUUCUCGUCGGCAAGGCUAGUUCAUACAACCCACAUCACCUCAAGCAUGAGCCACGCAUCACCGAUGCUCUCCUCAGGGAGGUCAUGGAUCAGAUGGCCAAGGACCUGACAGAUUCAGGCUCCUACGGCAUGCAGUUUCCUAUUGGAUCAAGAAUGGACCCGGAUAUGGACUUGCAGGCGCAGGCGUUGAAAGACCUGAGCAGUGAGGACCAACUGAUGGGUGACUAUGGACCCAUUCUGGGAUCGCUGGAUCAGCCUGCGCCAAGCCUGCGUGACCAAGAGUUUCUGCAGCACAGCCCUCUCUGGGGACAUCAGUUUAUGACGGGUGGCGCCGGUGAAGGCAAGCAACGCCUCAAGCCCGACGGCACUAUAAAAAACCAGAAGCAAAUCAAAACGGACGCCGUGCUUCCCGCCUACUGCAACCCGCCCAACCCUUGUCCGAUCGGAUUCACUGAGGGAUGUUUGACGGAGUUUGAAAACACUGCGUCGUUCUCACGCAACUAUCAGGCGGCGCAGGAUUGCAUGUGCGACACGGAGCACAUGUUCGACUGCUCGAUGGAAAGCUCGGUGACGCGGGCGCUGUCCAGGGACGACCACCGGUUGGAACAAAUGGUGCAAAAAUUCAAGAUCGACAACGACCACAAGAACAUGGUGGCCAAGAAAGGAGCUGUGAACAAAGACGAUGGCAAUCCGUUUCUGGCCGGCGAAAAACUCCCAAUCGCCGCUAAGAAGGGAUUCGACUUUGGAUACUAAUUGUCAUAAUCUCUGAUUAUUUCCUGCUAUUAACCUGUAAAAAAUCGAUCCUCCCAUAAAGAAAAUAUAUAUAUUCUCUAUUGUUUCUAUAAUAUGGAGCUUGAGAGCAGAGAAAUAACACAUAAAUAUUCAUAUAUCAACGAUGAGUCCUGCUGAGCGGUAAAAUAUAGUUGUCGAGGAAACUUAUUAUAUGUAUUCAAUAAAGCUUUCGACCAUUCUCAUUUUACGACGACAUGGAAA